AACUACAGCGGCGAACAAGUCCGAGCGAACGAACAACAAACGACCGGAGCUGAAGUAAUUUAAGAAGAAAACUAAACAAGCGAAGUCCGAGUCGCAGCAGGUUCGAGGGUCUGCAGUCAAGGGCGAGGGUGCACAAUGGCGGAGGGGUGCAGCGGGGGCGGCGAGGGGUGCCCACACCUGCGCGACUACAAGAACGCCAAGGGCUACCAGGCGUAUCGAUUGAUUCACGCGUACUUCGUGUCGUGCACGUCGGCCGAGGCGCGUCGCCGCAAGGCCAACUCGGGCGUGUGCUCGGCGUGCAAGAAGCGCGGGCCGCGGCUGCACAUCUGCCUGCACUGCAUCUACUUCGGCUGCUACGGCGGCCACAUCCAGGAGCACGCCCACCGCAAGCAGCACCUGCUCGCCAUGGACAUGAGCUACGGCACCAUCCUGUGCUUCGCGUGUCGCGACUACGUGUACGACGCCGAGUACGAGGAGGUCGCCGGCGAGAACCAGCAGGUGUCAAGCCGCAGCCUUGGCCUCCCCCACCACCACUGCCGACCCUGGCAGCCCAGCCAGGUCGAGCAGGAGCUCCUCCUCGAGCACCCCCGCCGAAAACGCAUCACCAAUGACUCCACCAUAGGGCUGCGAGGGCUGAUCAACCUGGGCAACACAUGCUUCAUGAACUGCAUCGUGCAGGCGUUGACGCACACGCCGCUGCUGCGCGACUACUUCCUGUCGGACCGGCAUGUGUGCCAGUUCGUGGAGCAGCCCGAGCACUGUCUGGUGUGCGAGGUGUCGCGCCUCUUCCAGGAGUUCUACUCGGGCAGCCAGGAGGCGCUGACCCUAAACCGGCUGCUGCACCUCAUCUGGACGCACGCGCGUCACCUUGCCGGCUACGAGCAGCAGGACGCGCACGAGUUCUUCAUCGCCACGCUUGACGUGUUGCACCGCCAUUGCAAGGGCGCCGCUGACCAGCCCCCCGCCGACUCGCACCUCUGCAACUGCAUCAUUGACCAGAUCUUUACCGGCGGCCUCCAGUCCGAUGUCGUCUGCACCUCCUGCAGUGGAGUGUCGACGACGAUCGACCCUUUCUGGGACAUCUCGCUGGACCUGGGGACGACCUCGUCGUCGUCUGGGGACUCGUCCAAGGUGCCAAGGUCGCUGGUGGACUGCCUGGAGCGGUUCACGCGCCCUGAACACCUGGGCUCGUCGGCCAAGAUCAAGUGCAACACCUGCCAGAGCUACCAGGAGAGCACCAAGCAGCUCACCAUGAAGAAGCUGCCCGUCGUCGCCAGCUUCCACCUCAAGAGGUUCGAGCACUCGUCACGCUUCCACAAGAAAAUCUCCUCGUUCAUCAGCUUUCCUGAGCACCUCGACAUGACUCCCUUCAUGUCCCACCGUCGCAACAACAACAACAACAACUCGGCCACCGCAGCCGCCAACUCGUCUGCCCCCCUCCUUACCGACAACAGGUACUCUUUGUUUGCUGUGAUAAACCAUGUGGGAUCGCUGGAAGCAGGUCACUACACGGCCUACAUUCGGCAGCAGCGCGACAACUGGUUCAAGUGCGAUGACCACAUCAUCACCAAGGCCAACAUCAAGGACGUGCUCAACAGCGAGGGGUACCUCCUGUUUUACCACAAGCAAAUCCUCGAGUACGAGUGACCAACGUCGCCACUGUGAUCCCGCCAGAGCUCUCUUGCCCCCAUGAGCGGCUAAUGUUGUGAUUAGUUCUCUUGUUUGCUUCGGGCGACCUUUCCGACCCACCCACAUGUUGAAUGAUCAAGUUUAGUUUUACUUUUAGCUGUUGCUUUUACCUUGUGUUCUGUGAUAGAAGGAGUCGGAAAUUUGGCGUGUGCCUCGCUCACUUCGGAAUUAAGCCUGUUGGACAAACAAUUACAAGCGUGUUCCCCUCAAUAUCAGUUAUUUUUUUAAGAUCCCCCUUUUGAAACAGUUUUGCAUCAACGUUUUAAGUUUAAGUUCUUUGAAAUGUUCUACAUUGUUCAUUCCAAGUCUUUCUGGGAAAUUGUAUGUGUGUUUGCGCAUUAUAAAACUCAAUUAUGUUGAAUUAUGGUCCGUAAAGUUAGGAGAUUUAAAAUGGCGCUGAAUAGCUGAUCUAGCUUUGAAACUUUUGAAAGUUCACAAACGAUUAUGAAUGUUGUGUUAAAAAAUUCCGUUAAUUUCCUCUCACAACCAACAAUCAUUAAAUCAGAGUAAAUAUUUAUUUGUUGCAUUAUAAACUACGCAAGGCUUCUGUUGAAUUCAAAUUUUGAAUCGACUGUCAAAAUGUGUGUAAUAAAAUUAAAUGAUACGCGA